AUCCUUGAGCUCCGAACGGUCAGCUAGGGUUUUCUUCACUCAAGAGAAAAAAAAAAAAAAACAAUCUUCUGAGAAAAAACCCAAAAAUGGUGGUCUCAAAGCAAUCAAAAUACGAAGAAUUUCGUUUGAAAAGAGUGGAAGAGAACAAGAAACGAAUGGAAGCUCUCAAUCUUCAAAAACUCUCUCAAAAUCUCAAUUCCACUUCCGUCAAAAAUUCUCCGAUGAAGAAGAGAUCUAUUCCUCGAACACCAGAGAAGCAGAUGGUGAUUGUUCGUAGAUCUAGCCGUAUCUCUAAUUCUUCUUCGAUUCCUGUCUACAGAGAAGUUGAUGUACAACGAAUUCAGAUACGGAGAAGGGGGUUGAGUAAAAGGAGAGAUUUGUCGAAUCGAGUUUAUAUUUCUGAAGAAAUCAGAGAAGAGGCAUUUUCAAGAGCUGAGAAAUUCCAGGAUGAAUUGGGGAGUGGUCACCCAAGUUUUGUUAAAUCUAUGCUUCAAUCACAUGUUUCUGGUGGCUUCUGGCUGGGACUUCCAGUUCAAUUCUGUAGAUCUCACCUCGGGAAACAAGAUGGUGUCAUAACUUUGAUAGAUGAAGAAGGCGAGGAGUAUGAGACUAUCUACUUAGCGAGAAAGAAUGGACUUAGUGGUGGAUGGAUGGGGUUUGCUAUUGCUCACAAUCUAGCAUAUGGGGAUACUCUUGUUUUCGAGUUAGUUCGUCGUACCGCUUUCAAGAUUUACAUUACAAGAGUUGGAAGUUCUGGAGAAAGCUCAAAAGAUAUGAGCUGAUCAUGUCAGGAAUUUGGAUAUGACCUGAGUUAGAAGUUUAUUGCCCUUUUGUCUUUUGUAUGUAAGAUGCUAACUCUAGGCUAAUUGUGCUCUUCACUGCUAAAUCUGAUAUUUUGUUAACAAUAUUUUGGAAGGGUUUAUUUCCAUUACUUUAGGUGCAAAUCCUUGAAAUUUUAGGAAUGGGAAAUGACAUUUAAUUUAGUUUUGUUUGAUCUU